AUGCCAGAAAAUAACUAUGACGUCGGAGAUCGUGUGCAAUUCCAAGAAAUUAGCUAUGAGUGCAUCCAAGCCCACAGAUCUCAGGUGGACUGGGAGCCCCGAUCUACUCCUGACCUUUGGAAAGCAAUCGGUGCAAUUGAACCUGAACUCCCUGAGGUGGACUUCCCUCUUUAUCGGAAGCGUGCCCUACUACUCCCUCUGGAAUUAGAUUUAAAAUCAAUUCUGGCCACAUCCACCGAAGAGAAAAACGAGGAGAUUGAUAACCAAAAGGUGGCAGCUAAUGAAGCUGAGAUAGAGGCCCAAGCCCUCUUGGCUAAACAUGAAGAUCUUCGCUUCGCUGUGAGUGAGCUGGUGAAGAUGAGCCCCGACCACCUUCAGGUUACGAUUCCUCCAGACCACGAUGGCGCGGAUGUCGACCCGAAGUUUACAAGAAACACUGUCCUCGGCGACCAGCUGGAGUAUCGGAGUUCGCUCAGAAAGGUGGCUCUCACCAGAUCGGAUUCAUCUACUAAGACAGCUGGGGCGGGCCAUACCUCUGGAAUCUCUGGAUCCCUCGCCGACGAGCCUACCCCAACCCCUACGCCUGUCCAGACCGAACCCACUGGGGCAUUUACGCUCGCCAAGGAUUUGCUCAGUUCCACAGGGGUGCUUGGACCCUUAGGGCAAUGGAAGCACGUUCCUGCAGAUGCGAGAACCCCUCGGCUAAAGAAAGAUGCCUUGUCGGAACUCUCUGAGAGGACGAGAAAGGUCUUAAGUGUCUAUGACAUCGAUCCUUCAAAACAGCCUAUAAACUGUUGGCCACACUAUCCUUACCGUGCCCUAGCCAUAGAGUAA